CGUCUCACUCAAAUAACCGGUUCGUCUGCUAGAUACACUCUCCAAUUGCCUUCAUUGCACAACAGAAAACAUCAUGACUUCUCCGUACAGCAAGCUCAAAGUCGCCGAGCUCAAGGAGCUUCUCAAGGAACGCGGUAUCUCUGCUACAGGACUCAAAAAGCAAGAACUCAUCGACGCUCUCGAACAAGAUGACGUCGAAUCAGGCAAUGCUCCUGAGGAAGAUGAAGUAGAGGAGGAAGAUGAUGUUGCUGUCGCUACGACAAAGACAACUGCUCGCUCCUCCACAAAGCGCAAGGCAUCCUCACCUGUGCCCGCCCCGACCUCGGCCAAACAGCCAAAAAAGGCAAAGGCAGAGCCUCCUGCUGCCGACAACCCCACCGACCCUGUCAAGCCAGCCCCAAAGAUUACCGACGCCCAAUUCGCGCCAGCGGGAGGUGCGAACCUCGACAUUCCUAUCGAUGAGGGUGUCUCGUCAUCAUACCGUGUCUAUGUUGACCCUAUCACCGGUAUAAUUUACGAUGCCUCGCUCAACCAGACCAAUGCUUCCAACAACAACAACAAAUUCUAUCGCGUUCAACUUCUACAGAGUGGCUCUGGUGUCUACCAAACAUGGACUCGCUGGGGCCGCGUUGGCGAACAUGGUCAGUCAGCCAUGCUUGGCGACGGCUCUCUCAACGACGCUCUUUGGAACUUCGACAAGAAAUUCAAGGACAAGUCUGGCCUCAAGUGGGAUGACAGGGGUGAAAAGCCAAAGCCCAAGAAGUAUGUCUUUGUCGAGCGCAGUUACGUUGCCGAUGAAGAAGACGAAGACGCUGCACAGUCCGGUGCUUCACCUGAUGGAGAAGACGACACCGUCGCAUCCCAGGCACCCAAGUGCACUCUGGACCCGCCAAUCCAGUCCCUGAUGGAGCUCAUCUUCAAUCAGCAGCAUUUCGCCAACACCAUGACGAGUCUCAACUACGAUGUCAAGAAGUUGCCUCUUGGUAAACUGAGUAAAGCCACCAUCACCAAGGGCUUUGAAAUUCUCAAAGACCUAUCUGUCCUCAUGAACGACACCUCUCUUACUCACGACAUCGAUGCUUAUGAAGAGCUCAGCAACCAGUACUACAGCUACAUCCCUCACUCAUUCGGCCGCAACCGUCCACCGGUCAUUCGCACGCUCGAGAUGCUCAAGCCAGAGAUAGAACUGCUGGACAGCUUGAGUGAUCUCAAGAACGCGGACGAGAUUCUGAAGAAGGCGAAAGAGACUGCUUCCCAAAUCCAUCAUCUCGAUUCUCGCUUCCAGGGUCUCGGCAUGGAAGAGAUGCAGGCCAUUUCACCCUCGAGCUCCGAAUUCAGCGAGAUCAACCAGUACCUCCACAAGACUUGCGGCUCAACUCACUACCUUAAGUACGAAGUUCAGGACAUCUUCCGCAUCCAACGUCAGGGAGAGUUUGAGAGAUUCGGCAAGAGCAAGUACGCCAACAUUGCCAGCGACCGCCGUCUCCUUUGGCACGGCUCGCGUACCACCAACUAUGGAGGUAUCCUCAGUCAAGGUCUUCGCAUCGCUCCUCCUGAGGCUCCUGUGAAUGGCUACAUGUUCGGAAAGGGUAUCUAUCUUGCCGACAUGAGCAGCAAGUCUGCCAACUACUGCAGCUCCUACGACUCGGAUGGCCAUGCGCUGCUCCUCCUCUGUGAGGCAGAAUUGGGCAAGCCCAUGCAGACUCUUACGGACGCCAGCUAUAACGCAGCUGAAAGUGCCAAAGACAUGGGCGCCUUCUCCACCUGGGGUCAAGGUAAGACCGCGCCCAAGGCUUGGAAAGACGCCGGAUGUAUUCAUCCUUCACUUGCUGGAUCAACCAUGCCGGACACAACCCAAGAUCCUGGCGACACCAACGUUCCCGGUGCUUACCUACAGUACAACGAGUUCAUCUGCUAUGAUGUUGCUCAGGUCCGCCUGCGCUAUCUCUUGCGCGUGAAGAUGUGAGGGGGUGUCCGCUGUGACAGUCUUCACCGGAGGAACGCAUGGAAAUGCUUUGAUUGAUCGUUAGCUGAGCGUGGCGCCAUGGAGUUUCAGGCCACAAUUUCGGACAGGGGUGUUAUGACCGUCCAGUCUUUGUUACAAUACAUUCUUACUAUCAGUUUGACCAUCGAACGCUGCUGUGCAUGACCCGAGUUUUCUCCGAUACCU